AUGCCGCCUAAAAAGAGCUUCCCUCAGCUUUCCAAGAUUCAGGAAGUUGAGCUCAUUGACGAUCUUUCGCAAUGGGCUCUGGGUAACGGAUUAGUCAUGUACCCAAAAGACUUCAAGCCGUACAACGCAGCGUACGCUCCAGUUACCCUUUUUCCAACACCUUUUCCAAGAUCGCAGUUUGAAAAGGGCAUUGAAGUUGCGGAGAAGUUUGGCGAGCUUUACGCCAAAGUGACAUCGAACUACGAGUGGUUGAGCAAGGCCAUUGAGGAACUAUCACAGUUUGACAAGGGCUUCACGGGAAAGCUAUGGGAAGUGUAUUUGAAAGCACGUGAGUUCGGGAUUGUUCAGACCAAGUCUUUGGGCUUGUUCAGAUCUGAUUAUAUGCUGGAUACUGCAAAUGGUGAGGAGAGAAUAAAACAGGUAGAGUUCAAUACAGUGAGCAUCUCGUUUGGAGGUCUUUCUUCAAAGGUUGGCGAACUUCACUCUUUCUUGAAUUCCAAGGGCGAUUAUUCCUCUGACAAAGGAAACUAUUAUAGAGACGAAGAUCUACCGGUUUCUGACAGUAUCAAGGGACUAUCCGAGGGAUUAGCCCAAGGUGUCAGAUACUACGAGAGCUCUGAAAGUGUCAAAGACACCGUAGUGCUGUUCGUUGUACAACACAACGAGAGGAACGUUUUUGACCAGAGGCUUUUGGAGUAUGAACUACUGAAGUCUGGAAUCAAGUCAAAGAGACUUACGCUUUCGGAGGUUGAGUCAUCCACAGCCAUUGACGAAGCCACAAGGGCCUUGAAGCUGAAAUCAACCGGCCAAACGAUCUCGGUCGUUUACUACAGAAGUGCUUAUGCUCCGUACGAGUUUACCAGCGAGAAAGACUGGCACGCGAGAUAUUACCUGGAAAUAACCAGAGCGGUGAAAUGCCCUUCUUUGCUCACUCAAUUGAGUGGGGCCAAGAAGAUUCAACAGGUCUUGACAUCAAAGGCUGUUCUGGGUCAGUUUUUGGAUAAAGAGAGUAUUGAUACGCUCCAUGACACGUUCGUUGCGAUUCAUCCUAUGGAUGACUCCGAGGAAGGUCUGGCUGCGCAGAAACUAGCAUUCGCAGAGCCUGAAAGAUUCGUCCUGAAGCCGCAGAGAGAAGGAGGAGGAAAUAACAUCUACAAGCAGAAUAUCCCCGAAUUUCUAGAAGGACUUCCUAAGAGUGAAUGGCCUGGUUAUAUUCUAAUGGAGCUGAUCCAUCCACCGACCCUCAAAAACAAGAUUUUGAGAGACGGAGUGAUCAUAGAAGAGGGCAUCUUGUGCGAACUGGGAAUAUUCAACACCGUUCUCUUUGAUGAGUCCGAUGGCCAGAUUUUAUACAACAAGGCUGCUGGUUACCUUUUAAGGUCCAAGACAAGCUCGUCGGACGAAGGUGGUGUUGCUGCAGGAUUUGGUUGUGUGGACAGUGUGUAUCUUUACUGA